AGAAAAGUAACCUACCUUCAAAGAUUCAAACCUUAAAUUAAUUUAUUUUUUAUAACAUUAAAAUAGUCAACCGAGCAAUUUUCAUUUAGCGACCAAAAGAACCAAACGCAUCCUUUAAGAAAGAUGUUAAAAACUAAAAGUGACGUUGUUCGGCAACCUUUACCAUUUUCCACUUUCUCACCAUCCCAACCGGGGCGGGUUUAUCUCUUGCCCGCUUGCUUCGCUGUUCGCGGUGAAAUGGCCUGGAAUGCUUACCACCUCUCUCACAAAAUCCGACUCUCGAUCUCAUCUUUCCGCACCGCCAAUUCCCUUCACGCUUUUCCCAACAGUUCAACAACCGCAUUUCCGCUCCGUUGCUCUGCUUUCUAUCCAAUCAAAUCCUCCAAUUCCCGUUCUCUAUCAGCUUCAACUACAGCUGCUGCCGUUACUACCCCAACGACUUUCUCUUGGGAAGACGUCGAUCGAGCCUCUCAACCCGAGUUUAACCCCCACGAUUCUGCCGAUCUCCGAGGCUUCUUCGAUAAAAUCAAAGCAUGCAAUCGUGGCUCCGAAUUGCAAUCUCAGUUCCUGCCCUUUGUUAUCGAAGACCAAAUUGUUGGUUACAUACAUAGAAGUUUUGCUGAAAACUUAAGGAGUUUUCAGAAUGUGUUUGUAGUAUCUAAAGAUAAUUGUGAUGGAGGUCAAGUAACGUUACAUCGAAUGUUAAAAUCAGCAGAGGAUAGAACUAGAGCUGUAGGAGAAGUGAUCAAAUGCUUGGCUGAAAAAGAAUUGAUCCCAGGUAUAAGGAAUGAGUUGUACCCUGUGACUUUAUUGUUUGGUGCACCGGUCUUUUUCUCCCUCGAACGUGCUGCUGCACCUUAUUUUGGAAUAAAGGCUUAUGGCGUUCACAUGAAUGGCUAUGUUGAAAAAGAUGGGCAAAAAUUUCUAUGGAUAGGGAAGAGAAGUCCAGUGAAGCCUACUUUUCCUGGAAUGCUUGAUCACCUAGUUGCUGGAGGACUGUCUCAUGGAAUUGCAUGUGGGGAGAAUCUUAUGAAGGAAUGUGAAGAGGAAGCUGGAAUACCAAGAUCCUUAUCCAGUAGAGCUAUACCGGUUGGUGCUGUUUCCUAUUCAGAUAUUGACGGGCAUAGAUUCAAGCGGGAUGUCCUAUUUUGUUAUGAUUUAAAACUCCCUGAAGGUUUUAUACCAAAUAAUCAAGAUGGAGAGGUAGAAAGCUUCAAGUUGAUUCCUGUGAGACAUGUUGCUAAUGUCAUAAAAAGGACACAUUUUUUCAAGUCAAAUUGCAACAUUGUCAUAAUUGAUUUCCUUUUUCGACAUGGGUAUAUAACUCCUGAAUAUUUUGGAUAUUUGGAUCUUCUACAAAGUUUGAAGAGCGGAGAUUGCUCCUAAAUAUAUUUUCCUGUAAAAGACAUCAAAAGCCAAAGCCAUCUUAUAUAUGUACAUAUUUUUUGGUAUCUGAGACUCUGAUGGAACUAAAAGUCCCAACAUUUUUACCAGCUUUUCGCAGUCAUUUUAUAUUUAGGUUACAAAAGAAUGCUGCAUUCAUUCC